AUGCCGCUGGGCUGCCACGACGUCGUGCCCCGUGCCAUGCCGCUGUUCCACCAGACCAUGAAGGAGCACGGUAAAAUGUCUAUCACUUGGUUUGGACCAUCACCUAGAGUGACCAUUACCAAGCCCGCACUGGUGCGAGAAGUACUGUCCAACAAGUCCGGCGACUUUGAGAAGCUCAAGUUGGGCCGACUUCAGAGGAUGUUGCACAAUGGCAUUGGUAGCCACGAGGGCGAGAAAUGGGCCAAGCACAGGAGGAUCAUCAACCCUGCCUUCCAUCUCGAGAAGCUCAAGCGCAUGCUGCCAGCUUUCGCUGCAUGUUGCACGGACCUGGUGCACAGGUGGGAAGGCCUAGCCGCAGGUGAUGCGGCAUGCGAGGUAGAUGUGUGGCCCGACAUGCAGAACCUGACAGGGGAUGUCAUCUCUCGCGCCGCCUUCGGCAGCAGCUACCUCGAGGGCCGGAGGAUUUUCCAGCUUCAGGGGGAGCAGAUCGAGCUCGCCGUGCUCGCCAUGAACAAGAUACAUAUCCCUGGUUAUCUGUUCUUCCCAACAAAAGCCAACCGAAGGAUGAGACAGAUCGCUGCCGAGAUCGAGAGGAUCCUCAAGGGCAUCAUCGCGAAAAGGGAGAACGCCUUGAGGGCCGGCCAAGCCACGAGCGACGAUCUUCUCGGGCUGCUGCUGGAGUCCAACAUGGCACACACCAGGGCGGGCGGCAAUUCCAAGGCCGGCAUCACAACCGACGACGUAAUCGGAGAGUGCAAGCUAUUCUACUUCGCCGGCAUGGAGACCACGUCGGUGCUGCGGCUAUACACGCCACUGACGGCGCUCCAGCGCAGGACAUACAAGCCGACGGAGCUCGGCGGCGUCAGGUACCCGGCGGGCGUGGUGCUUAUGCUGCCGUUGUUGAGCGUCCACCACGACAAGGAGGUUUGGGGCGCGGACGCCCAUGAGUUCAGGCCGGAGAGGUUCUCCGAGGGGGUCGCCAAGGCGUCCGUCGACGCGCCGGCCUUCUUCCCGUUCGGCUGGGGCCCGCGGAUCUGUGUCGGCCAGAGCUUCGCGCUGCUCGAGGCUAAAAUGGGGCUCGCCAUGAUCCUGCAGCGCUUCUCCUUCGACCUCUCGCCGUCCUACACACACGCGCCCUUCACCGUUGGCCUGCUGCAGCCUGAGCACGGCGCGCAGGUCAGGCUCAAGAGGCUUCACUGA